CACUAACCUGUCACCUGACCCAAAGACGACAGCAUUUGACACAGGCUGGUUGAGGUAGGCUAGCACACUCAGCGGGGUGACAUCGUCCAUGGCGACCCGGAUAGAUCGACUUGCUGAACCAAAACCCAACCUUCUCAGAUUCCCUGACAGACGUUCUGUAUACUGGUUAGAUAAACUGCCACCACAACGAAGUGGCCCGACCAACUUCGAGCUGUCCAAACGAUGGUCAAAGUUAACAGAAGGCAAGCAAAUCCACUCUAAGUUUGAGCAAAGCAGACGUUCAGCGGAGUGGUGUGUGAGUGCAGCUGCACUGAAAGCUCUCCCGUCAGACAGGGUCUGCUCCUUGGCUCUGCCACGCCUCCCUGCAGUUGGCUGGCAACCAGACCGCCCUCUGCUGGCCAAAUUGAGUGUGGCAAAGAUGGCAGUUGCCAGCCCCAGGAUCUGUGAGUUGGCACAGCCGAAACUGGGCUCUCUACCGCCCCCAUUAGACCACCCUGGAAAUGGUACUCCGCUUACCUCUGCCUCCUCACGAAUCCACCUUCUUGCUGCCCCAAAGAAUGACCACCCGCAGUACCUGCCGGAUCGCCCGGUCAGCUGGCCUCCGUCAGCAACUGCAUGUGAGGCUGUGGCUUCAGAGCGUCUGCAGGAGCUGUCCCAGCCUAAGCCCCGGCGUGGUCUGUUCGAAGGCGACAACCCCUACACCGUGAGCCCAGCCGCCAGAGCCGCUUCCGCCUCCCCUCGCACCCAGGAACUCAGCCUCCCACUGGCCCGCAAAUGCAGGAAAACAUAGAGAGAGAGAGAGAGAGAGAGAGAGAGAGAGAGAGAGCUCUUGUCCCUUACUGCACGAUUUCAGCUGUUAAUAUGCAGUAAUUAUGUUGCAAUAAAAGAAGAACAUUUA